AUGUGGGAAAACGGCAAGGACGUCAGUAAACCGGAAGUACUUGUGGAAGUUCUAAAGCAGCGUUUAAAGGAAGACGAAGCCCGAGAAGUCAUGGCGAAAGCAAACAGCCCGCCAUACAAGCAGCAGCUGAACGAUAAUACCAAGGAAGCCCUCGAUCGGGGUGCCUUUGGCUGCCCAUGGUUCCUUGUGCGCAACUCGAAAGGGGAAGAAGAACCAUUCUUUGGCAGUGAUAGGUACGUGCUCUCUCAUCUGUGUCCCCGGCCCUGCCUUUUGCUUAGCAUGCUCGUGUAUUCCGUUGUGGGUCGACGAGGUUGGACCUCUACUAGUACGUCUAUGUUCAGUAAGGCGCCCGCUACGGGGGAGAUGCCGCAACGGAUACAGAAUGAGCUGCGAACGGUUGAAACAUGGCGAACGAACACUCGAGAGCUGUGGGGCGCGCUAACGGGUAUGCCAUAUAGGUUCCAUUACAUGUGGGAGUACUUGGGAUUGCCGUGGAAGGAUGUUCAGCUGUUGCCGCCGGGUGAUGCAAAGGCGAAGAUCUGA